AUGUCCACAUUACCAGCAUUCACCGACCUCAAUGCCACUUGGGCAUUCAUCCAACCAGGGUUGGAGUUUAUACUUGGUGCGCAGAAUGAUCAAGGUGUCACCUCGACAAUGUACAUGAAUUGCUACACUGCUGUGUACAAUUAUUGUGUCAACAAAUCAAGACGUGGUCUGACAUCAGUGGCAAAUAGCACUGAAAACAACUCUUACUCUCUAGCAGGGGCAGAGAUUUACAACAAAUUGGAAACGUACUUGGUGCAGUUUAUACGUAAUUUAAGGAAAACCCCCAAUGAAUCGUUUUUGGAGUUUUAUGUUCGCCGCUGGACGAGAUUCACCAUUGGGGCAGUAUACAUGAACAACGUGUUUGAUUAUAUGAACAGAUACUGGGUGCAAAAGGAGAGAUCGGAUGGGAGAAAGGAUGUGUUUGAUGUUAAUACAUUGUCGUUGAUCAAGUGGCGAAACGAAAUGUUUCAACCUAAUGCUGACGUUUUGAUUGAACAGGUGUUGGAUUUGAUUGAAAAACAGAGAAAUCAUUUGAUUGUGGAUACGAAUUUAAUCUCGAGUGCUAUCAAGUCAUUGGUUUAUUUGAGUAUUGAUAUUCAGGAUUUGAAAAAACCAAACUUAAUUAUAUAUGUUAAUUCUUUCGAGAAACCCUUUUUGGAUGCAACAAUGAGCUACUAUACAAAGGAGAGUUCUGAGUAUUUGACAAACCACAAUGUUGUUGAUUAUAUGAAGAAAUGUGAGACGAGAUUGGCAGAGGAGAUUUCCCGAUCAAACACGUUUUUAGAAGAUCAUUCGAAAAAGGCAUUUGUAAGCAUCCUCAAUCAAGCAAUGAUUGAAAACCACGCUUCGGAAAUGUACGAUCAGUUUAUUGUAUUGCUUGAGCAGAACCAGAUUGAUCACAUUCAACGAAUGUAUAAGCUCUUGAUGAGGGUGCCAAAGACUUUGGACCCAUUGGCAUCAGCAUUGGAGGAAUACAUCAAAAAGGAGGCCAAUGCAGCUAUUGAAAAAAUCAAGAACGAAGCAGAUGCCGGUGAAGGGAAGAAGAAAGGCGGAGUUGAACCGAAGAACUACAUCAACACAUUGAUUGCAAUUUAUAACCAAUUUAAUGACAUUGUGAUACAAGCUUUCAGCAAGGAUACAAAGUUUAUCAGGUCGUUGGACAAUGCCUGUCGUCAUUUUGUCAACAACAAUGCCAUUGCUGUUCCCAAACCUCGAGCUGCAUGCAAAACGCCAGAAUAUUUGGCUAAAUAUGCCGAUGGGUUCCUCAAAAGUAAUGCCAAAGAUGCUGAUAUUGUUGAUAUGAAUGCCGACAAUUUGAUGAUUGUUUUUAAAUUCAUCAAUGAUAAAGACACAUUUGAAGAGCAUUAUCGACGCUCUUUGGCAAAGAGAUUGAUUAAUGGUACUUGCAAGUCGGAUGAAUUGGAGGAGAGUGUUAUUCACAGAUUGCAAGAGGAAAACUCAAUCGAGUACACUUCCAAGAUGACAAAGAUGUUUUCCGAUAUGAAGGCGUCGGAGGAUUUAAAGUCAAAAGUGAAGGAAUCAGAUCAAUUUGUAAAGGAGUUCAACCCAUUGGUUCUUGCCCAGAGUAUGUGGCCAUUUCGUCAUGUUGCUGAUUAUGAUUUAAAAGUGGCACCUGAACUUGAAGCACCACUUGCCAACUUGAAACAAGUUUACGCCACUCAACAUCAAGGGAGAAAGUUACAAUGGUUGUUUAACCACGGUAGAGCUGAGGUUAAAGCCAAUCUUUCCAAAAAGGGGAAACCACCAUUCCAAUUUCAAGUUAGUAAUGUUCAGUUGAUGAUAUUGAUGGCGUUUAAUAAGAAAUCUAGCUACACGUACAACGAAUUGUAUGACAUUGUUGGUUGCAACAAAAUAGUGUUUGAUAACCAUCUCAAUCCCCUCAUCAAAUUCAAAUUAGUUGAGUCUAGUAAUGAGAACCUAGCUAAUGCCACUUUAAAGAUUGUCGAAUACUACAACUCCAAAAAAGUAAAAGUCAACUUCAUCAGCGGUAUCAAAUCUGUCGACGUUAAGCAAGAGGAAGAGGACGCCACAAGGGAAAUUGUUGCCGCUAGACAAACCUACAUACAAGCCACCAUUGUUAGAAUUAUGAAGAGUAGAAAAGAUUUGGGAAACACUGAAUUGUUGAAUCAAGUUAUGGAGGCAGCUCUGACAAGGUUCACCACUAGAGUACUCGAUAUAAAGAAGCUGAUUGAUACAUUGAUUGAGAAGGAGUAUAUACGUAGAGAGGGAGAUAAAUAUGUCUAUAUAAGUUGA